GACAAGUAAAUGUACCGGAGGGAGAAAGUCAAAGGAAAGAUAAGGACAUAUGUUGUCACUGGAUUUCGAGGCAGCCAAAAAGAAAAACAACUCACUUCAUAUAUGAGCUCACGGAACGCGUCAAAUCAGUGGACUAAAACCGCUACGGACCUUCUGAAUUCAUACAGAUGAUUUAGUUUUAGCUGCAUUUUGUCUAGUGCUUUAUUUCGUUGGAAUAGAAGAUCCUCUGGGUGAUAUUUAUGUUCUAUUUAAAAAAAAUUCUUGUGGCGGGGUAGAAUGGUUUUGAAUCUAUUCAAUUAUUGAAUUGAAAUAACCUGGGAAAAAUAUUACUUUUUUUAAAAAGAGGAAACAAAAUAAGGUGGAAAUCGCCGUUGUGGAGAACCCCGACCACAGACAGACCCUAGACCCUUUCUUGGUGGAGACGCGUGAGUGGAGAAAACAGUUUGGAAAGGUACGAGGAGGACUUUUACUGCGAGUUCUUCUCUCCAAGAUCGGGAGACUAAAACUUCACCCAGCAACAUGGAUAUAUUAACGUGGCUGUGUGGAUGUUUACUGGCGGUUUGCUUACCACAAGUAGUUAUCGGUGAAGAAGGCAGCAAAUCGUGUGGCGGACAAGUAGACGCCAGUGGCGCCGGGUACAUCACCACCCCAGGGUACCCUCUGGAGUACCCCCCACACCAGAACUGUCGUUGGGUCGUCACCGCCCCAGAACCUUCCCAACGUGUCGUCCUCAACUUCAACCCCCACUUUGAACUGGAGAAGCUGGACUGCAGAUAUGACUACGUAGAGAUCCGCGAUGGGAACAGCGAGAAGGCAGACCUGUUGGGUAAACACUGCAGUAACAUCGCCCCUCCAGCCAUCAUAUCCUCAGGCCCUGUCCUCCUCAUCAGGUUCGUCUCUGACUACGCUCACCAGGGGGCUGGCUUCUCACUGCGGUAUGAGAUCUUCAAAACUGGUUCAGACUGCUCCCGUAACUUCACCAGUCAGAACGGGAUCAUUGAGUCUCCGGGGUUCCCUGAUAAAUACCCUCAUAACCUGGAGUGUUCCUUUAUUAUCAUCAUGCCCCCGGCCAUGGACUUGACCCUGACCUUCCUGACCUUUGACCUGGAGAAUGACCCCCUGCCCGGGGGAGAGGGAGACUGCAAGUACGACUGGCUGGAGGUCUGGGACGGUCUGCCACAAGUGGGUCCUCUGAUAGGACGUUACUGUGGAACUAAGAUCCCUCCUGAGAUGACGUCGUCUACAGGUAUCCUGUCUCUGUCCUUCCACACGGACAUGGCCGUGGCCAAAGACGGCUUCUCUGCUCGCUACAACAUGACACACAAAGAGGUCAGCGACACUUUCCAUUGCAGUAACGCGUUAGGUCUGGAGUCAGGGAAGAUCUCUGACGACCAGAUCACUGCCUCCUCAUCCUUUUACGACAACACCUGGUUGCCACGGCAAGCCCGUCUUAACAACAAUAACAACGCGUGGACCCCAAACGAGGACAGCAGCAAAGAGUUCAUCCAGGUGGAUCUCCAUGUCCUGAAGGUGUUGACGGGUAUCGCUACCCAGGGAGCGGUGUCCAAGGAAACCCAGAAGUCCUACUACGUCAUCACCUUUAAGCUGGAGGUCAGCACCAACGGAGAGGACUGGAUGGUCUACCGAUACGGCAAGAACCACAAGGUGUUCCAUGCCAACACAGACUCGACCGAGGUGGUUCUGAACCGGAUCCCCCUGCCUGUUCUGGCCCGCUUCGUACGCGUCAGACCCCAGACCUGGAAGACAGGCAUCGCCCUGCGCUUGGAGCUCUACGGGUGUCAGAUCACCGACGCUCCAUGUUCUGAGAUGCAGGGGAUGCUGUCCGGCCUGCUGCCCGACUCCCAGAUCACAGCGUCAUCCAUGAGGGAUAUCCACGGCUCCAUGGGGACGGCCAGGCUGGUAGCCAGCAGGUCAGGAUGGUUCCCCAGCCCAACACAGCCUCUGGCCGGGGAGGAGUGGCUGCAGGUGGACUUGGGGGUCCCCAAGACCGUACGAGGCGUCAUCACCCAGGGAGUCAGGACAGUGGAGGGGAGUACCUCGGCUGAGAACAGGGCCUUCGUCAGGAAGUACCGCGUGUCUCACAGCCUGACGGGCAAGGACUGGACUUUUAUACUGGACAGAAAGACCAGCCAUCCUAAGAUUUUUGAGGGAAACACACACUACGACACUCCAGAGAUCCGUCGGUUUGAGGAGAUAACGGCUCAGUUCAUCAGAAUCUACCCAGAGAGGUGGUCUCCUGCUGGGAUAGGGAUGAGGCUGGAGGUCCUGGGAUGUGAACUGCCAGAGACCACCACUCUACCUGACACUGCCACACCGACCCUGCCAUGUUUAGAGGAUACCACCGCUGCCCAAAGAGGAGCAGGCACUACACCUUGGUCUCUGUGUGACUUUGAGUCCAGUCUGUGUGGCUGGAUCCCAGACAGCAUGUCAGAGCUGAGCUGGUCUCUCCACAGUGGCAGCCUCUCAUCUGGUCUCACACCUAGUCUGGAUCUACCUCUCUCUCUGCCCAAAGACGACGUGGGUAACUUCCUCCACAUCGAGGCCAGCCCCAGGACAGAGAGGCAGCGAGCCCGUCUGGUGAGCCCCGCUGUGGGGCCUGAGAGGGGGCCGCUGUGCCUGCUCUUCAACUACCAGCUCCAGGGGCCCGAGAACCAGGGGCUGGGGUCCCUCAGGAUCCUCCUCAGAGACAACGACCGAGAGGAGACUCUUCUCUGGGCACUCAGAGGAGACCAGGGGCCCGUGUGGAAGGAGGGACGCACCAUUCUGCCCCAGUCACCCAAAGAGUACCAGGUGGUGAUUGAGGGUUACUUUGAGCACGGAAACAGAGGACACAUCUGGAUAGACAACAUUCACAUGAGCUCUAGUACAGAGCUGGAACAGUGCACACAGCCCUUCGCUGCAUUCCCUCCUGACAUGACUGAUUGGAGACCUAUCGACUUUGGAAAUAAACCACUUUUCAACGGCAGGGAACGUGUGAACGGAGGUUUCCCGUUCCCAGAGUGGAGUACCCCUGGCCCGUCCAUGGACCCCCCUGUGACACGUGUCUCUGAGAAGGACAACUCGUGGCUGUACACCCUGGAUCCUAUCCUGGUCACCAUCAUCGUCAUGUCUUCCCUGGGCGUACUGCUGGGGGCGGUGUGUGGCGGCCUGCUGCUCUACUGCACCUGCUACUACAGCGGCCUGUCGUCACGGAGCUCCACCACAUUGGAGAACUACAACUUUGAGCUGUACGACGGGAUCAAACACAAGGUGAAGAUCAACCAGCAACGCUGCUGCUCUGAGGCCUAGGACGCUUUCCGCCACCGGAAGGCCUUCAAGCCCUUGGGCUGUUCCAACCCAAAGACAUGCUUAAUGCUUGAUGACACCGACAUACAGACAGAUACAUCCGCUAGACCCCCCCCCCCCCCCACCCCUCGGGGGUCUCUUCUCUGCCUGCAGGAGAGGCCCUGAUCAAUCAAAACUUGGGAAUGAACCACACUUACCUGCCAUGAUGCCACACGUAUUGGCCAGUGGACUACAGAGGUCUGGGCUUGGAACUGAACACUUUCUGUCAGUCUGGGCUUGGCCCUGAACUCCUACUGUCAGUCUGGGCUUGGACCUGAACACUUACUGUCCAUCUGGGCUUGGACCUGAACACUUACUGUCAGUCUGGGCUUGGACUCAAACUCCUACUGUCAAUCUGGGCUUGGACCUGAACUCCUACUGUCAGUCUGGGCUUGGACUCAAACUCCUACUGUCAGUCUGGGCUUAGACUCAAACUCCUACUGUCAGUCUGGGCUUGGACCUGAUCUCCUACUGUCCGUCUGGGCUUGGACUCAAACCUACUGUCAGUCUGGGCUUGGACCUGAACACUUACUGUCAGUCUGGGCUUGGACUCAAACUCCUACUGUCUGUCUGGGCUUGGACCUGAUCUCCUACUGUCAGUCUGGUAUUGGACCUGAACACUUACUGUCAGUCUGGGCUUGGACUCAAACUCCUACUGUCAGUCUGGGCUUGGACCUGAUCUCCUACUGUCAGUCUGGGCUUGGACCUGAACUCCUGCUGUCAGUCUGGGCUUGGAAUCAAACUCCUACUGUCCGUCUUGGCUUGGACCUGAACUCCUACUGUCAGUAUGGGCUUGGACCUGUACACUUACUGUCAGUCUGGGCUUGGACCUGAUCUCCUACUGUCAGUCUGGGCUUGGACCUGGACACUUACUGUCAGUCUGGGCUUGGACUCAAACUCCUACUGCCAGUCUGGGCUUGGACUCAAACUCCUACAGUCAGUCUGGGCUUGGACCUGAUCUCCUACUGUCAGUCUGGGCUUGGACCUGAACUCCUGCUGUCAGUCUGGGCUUGGACUCAAACACUUACUGUCAGGCUGGGCUUGAACCUGAACACUUACUGUAGGUCUGGGCUUGGACUCAAAAUCCUACUGUCCGUCUGGGCUUGGACCUAAACUCCUACUGUCAGUCGGGGCUUGGACCUGAACACUUACUGUCAGUCUGGGCUUGGACUCAAACUCCUACUGUCAGUCUGGGCUUGGACCUGAUCUCCUACUGUCAGUCUGGGCUUGGACUCAAACACUUACUGUCAGGCUGGGCUUGAACCUGAACACUUACUGUAGGUCUGGGCUUGGACUCAAAAUCCUACUGUCCGUCUGGGCUUGGACCUAAACUCCUACUGUCAGUCUGGGCUUGGACCUGAUCUCCUACUGUCAGUCUGGGCUUGGACCUGAUCUCCUACUGUCAGUCUGGACUUGGACUUGAUCUCCUACUGUCAGUCUGGGCUUGGACCUGAUCUCCUACUGUCAGUCUGGGCAGUCAGAGCUGUUCUGCUGCCAGUGGACCAUUCAGUGGGUGCUGAACGAUAUCAAAACAUAUCAAUCUAAUGCCUAUCCCCCAAAAAAUAUUUAAAUUAAAUUAAAGAUUAAAGAUAUUUUGUUUUUGGUUAUGAUUGAAGUUAGAUGAUGAGUUGCAUUAGGACGGUUUUAGAAUGUUGAUUCUAGCUUGUCUCGGCCUGCGUUAUGUUUAAAACAGUGUCAUAGACUAUCGUGGACAGUUUUCAGUUCAGUUUUAGGAUCUUAUUAGGAUCUUAUUAGGAUCAGCUUCAGUUUUAUCGCCCAAUAGACAUCUCUCGUUCUCGUGCCAUUUUUAUUUUCUUUCUUUACAUUAAUUUCGUGUCAACAGUCAACCACCACCUUCAGUUCAGCAUGUCUGUUAUGGUAUUUGACGUGUUGUUAUUGCAGGCUGCUUCCCGUCUGUAAUAGAGGAAGAGAAUGGCGAAGAAAGAAGAAUCAUUUUAUCUAAAGACCUGACACAUAACGGUCGUUAAGUUGCGUUCCUCAAAAAUAAUGAUUUGUAUUUUUUUGUAUUUUGAUUUCUGACUGUCUGAUGAUCUAUAUCACAUGGUGUGACGAUCUGUGAAACAUUUAGAUUUUAUUUUUUGUUGUUGCAACCUAUGGAUUGCAGAGAGACAGAGAGAUUAUAGUUCACAGAGAGAAGAUGGGAGACAGAGAGAGGAGGGAGACAGAGAGAGGAGGGAGACAGAGAGAGGAGGGAGACAGAGAGAGGGGGAGACAGAGAGAGGAGGGAGACAGAGAGAGGAGGGAGACAGAGAGAGGGGGAGACAGAGAGAGGAGGGAGACAGAGAGAGGAGGGAGACAGAGAGAGGAGGGAGACAGAGAGAGGGGGAGACAGAGAGAGGAGGGAGACAGAGAGAGGGGGAGACAGAGAGAGGGGGAGACAGAGAGAGGAGGGAGACAGAGAGAGGAGGGAGACAGAGAGAGGGGGAGACAGAGAUAGGAGGGAGACAGAGAGAGGAGGGAGACAGAGAGAGGGAGUCAGAGAGAUACAGUUCACAGGGAUCAUGGCGUCAGAGAGAUAGUUCACAGGGAUCAUGGAGACAGAGAUAUAGUUCACAGGGAUCAUGGAGACAGAGAUACAGUUCACAGGGAUCAUGGAGUCAGAGAGAUAGUUCACAGGGAUCAUGGAGACAGAGAGAUAUAGUUCACAGGGAUCAUGGAGACAGAGAGAUACAGUUCACAGGGAUCAUGGAGACAGAGAGAUAGUUCACAGGGAUCAUGGAGACAGAGAUAUAGUUCACAGGGAUCAUGGAGACAGAGAGAUACAGUUCACAGGGAUCAUGGAGUGUCAUUCAAGACAAAAACGAAUGGAGAGAAUCCUCUCCUCUCUUCUCUUCUUUCUCCUCUUUCCAGACUCCUUUAACUCCAUCCCUCCAUCCCUGGAGAAGAAAGAGCUCAAACGAAACAAAGGAAGAAGGACUAUAGGAGAUGGAUAAAAAGCCAAUCCACUUUCUUGGACACACAAUCGAGCCCUAAGCUACGUGUUAUUGGAGGAGAGCCAUGUGUGGAGAAGCUAGUGCCACAUCUAUCCUGGAGUAGAGAGACAGUACAACCGCUUGGGUCUUGGAUAAAUAGACCUCAUGCUACUUUCUACAUUUCUGCUUUUCUUUGGUUUCGCCCAACUGUUCUGUUUUAUGUUCCAUGAAAAAGGUUAACUAUAACCUGAGACAGAUUUUUGUGUUUUGAAGUCAAUCUGGGUUGAGUUUUAGAAUUGGUUGUGCCAGGAGCAAAACGAAAAGAGAGUGAGUGAGCAAAAAAGAGAAAAGAGAGUGGGGUGGAGGGAUGACUGGAUGGAGGAUGAAGGGGUAGAGGUGGUGAACUCUGACUCUGACUCUCCAAGUGCCUUGGAGCUCUCUCUCUAGGCCUGAUUGAACUGGGAAUGGCACCCUAUUCCCUAUGUAGCACAUCAGGCUCUGGUCACAAGUACUGCACUACUAUAGGGAAUAAGGCUCUGGUCUAUAGUAGUGCACUAUAUAGGGAAUAUGGCUCUAUAUAGGGAAUAGGGCUCUGGUCUAUAGUAGUGCACUAUAUAGGGAAUAGGGCUCUGGUCUAUAGUAGUGCACUAUAUAGGGAAUAGGGCUCUGGUCUAAUGUAGUGCACUAUAUAGGGAAUAGGGCCCUGGUCUAUAGUAGUGCACUAUAUAGGGAAUAGGGCUCUGGUCUAUAGUAGUGCACUAUAUAGGGAAUAGGGCUCUGGUCUAUAGUACUGCACUAUAUAGGGAAUAGGGCUCUGGUCUAAAGUAGUGCACUAUAUAGGGAAUAGGGCUCUGGUCUAUAGUAGUGCACUAUAUAGGGAAUAGGGCUCUGGUCUAAAGUAGUGCACAAUAUAGGGAAUAGGGCUCUGGUCUAAAGUAGUGCACUAUAUAGGGAAUAGGGUUUGGGACUGGGCCAUAGUAUUACCUCUCCUGUCUGUGAGAGAGAACCACUCUCUCAAACCAACCACAUGGUGGUCACUAGUUACCACAGCCACAAAGUCAAAAUUGGCUAUAUCGCAAAAAUUAUUAAUUUAAGGUUAAAGUUGUGUACGAGGUUGUCAUUGUGGUUAAGGUUAUGGCUAAGGUUUUAAAAUAUAAUUGAAUCAGAUCAUUUGUAGAAAUAUCAAUAAUGACGACUUUGUGGCUGUGUUAACUAGACAGAUUACUGUUUGUAGACUUUGUACAGAAACAUGAUUUUGUCAUUAUUUAAUAAAGGCUGAAUAACAUGG